UGAAAGUAGAAUAUCUGUCAGUGACAAAUAUAUGCAUAAAGUUUUUAUCUAUAUUUUUAUACUUAUGAAAAAUGGCCGAAUAUCCUCCAAGAUACUGCGGGCCGUGCCCUCAUCUUGCUCAAUUCGUACCGAAAAAUGAUACAAGUUAUAUAGAACAAAACACAACGCCAGAACCGAAUGUUCAAUUCAAAGAUGUUCAAGGAAACAACCAACCAAGCUUGGGUGUGAAUUCUUCCGAUCUUAAACCAGACCUAACUGUUCCUCCGGUUAGAGAAGUUAAAUUUUCCGAUGAAAAAGAUAAGGCAGAUGGUGGAUACAAGGGAGGUAUUCCACCUUGUACAAAAAAUGAACUAGACGAAUGUGGAAAUGUUGAACAAAAACCAGCGAAACAAGAGAAUUUGAAAAGUAUUUUGAAAAAAGAUACCGGACCCAAAACCGCCGAAGAAAUGUACACUCAACAAUCCGUCACAGCACCCAUUCAAAAAAGACCAGAGCAACCGGAGCAGCAAGUCAAUCCACCUUGUUAUUUACCCCAGCCUAAUGAUUCUUUACCGCAUCCGCUAGGGAAGAGUAUGGAACCAAUUGGUCCGUGGGCAACUGGAAGAGUAGAUUGGGGACCACUCUCUGGAUUAACAGGAAUAAGACCAGUAGUAGACAAAUACUCAAUUGCUAGGUACAGUGAAGGAGAUUGGAGAUCCCACAAUAAAGAAGUACUAGAUAUGGCUACUAGGGAACAACAUAGAGCUAACCUCAUAGAUUGGAAUGGGAGGCAAUGUCUUACCGAAUCAUUCACGGACGUCGACAAAAACCAAGCAGACAAUACAAAAAGAUUAAAUCAACGAGAACUUGAGCUCCAUCGUUGGAAAUGUGAAUUAGAAAGGGCUAUAGCAGCAGCUUCAGAAGAAAUAACUUUCAUGGAGGAACAAAGACAUCGAUUAAAGCAAGCCAGUAAAGUAUUAACGCUUCCUGAGUCGAUUUCCGGGGAAAGUUUGGAGAGAAGAACUGGCAGGAUGGAUGCAGAACUGGUAAGAGAUGAAGUAGAAGAAGAAGUUAUGAAGGAAGUCGCUUUAUGUGCAGAAAUACGAGAAAUUUUUUCAAGAACUCUCAAAGACGUGGAAAAACAACUUUUAGAAGACAAGACGGCUAAACAGCGCUUAGAAUACGAUUGGAGCGAUAAAAAAGUAUCCCAUGAAAUUGAUUCAAUAAACAUGGCUUUGAAUAAUAGGUCAACAGUACUUAUGUUUAAACCAGGAGCUGUUAGGUUUCCAGACGAACAAUCAACACCAGACUAUUGGGAACAUUUUACAAGAGAAACUCUUCUGGAAGGAGAAGCCACCAGACAAAGAUCAGUCACUUUGAGGGGAACGUUAGACGAUAUCUUGAACAACGCUUCAAAAGAUCUGAGAGCACAAGCUGAUAGAGUAGAAGCCGCCUUAGCUAAACGAGUAGCGUGCGCUCAAGAAGUAACUAAAAGAUUGGAGGAUGAAUUGAAAGGAGUUUUGAAACGACUAGCCGAUGUUGAGGAUUUAAAAGAAAGUUUACGAGAAGCGAUACGAAGAUUAGAUACCCCUAUGAAGAAAGCACAAACUCGAUUGGAUAACCGACUACUUCGACCGAGAGUUGAAAAUUGUCGAGAUAAUGUUCACUUCAGUUUAAUAGAAGAAGUGAAAUCGAUAGGUGAAUCUGUUGCUGCACUACAAGCUCAGUUGGCUCAAGUAGAAGAUUCUCAAGGCAGAUUAAUGAAAGCUAGAAGUGAUUUGGAAAGAGAAAUUAUGCUGAAAAUGAAAACUUUAGAAAUUGAUAAUCAGAGAACGAGGAGGAUAAGAUCUUAUUAUCCUUCAGCAGCUGCGCUAUCGGGUCAUUAA